GUGUGUGUGUGUGUGUACUCAUCUGAAAUGUGGGCUGAUUAUAAUGCAUUAGAUAGUUCAUUCAAGUUCUUUGUGACCAGUGUAAUUUCUCACGGAUGGACAUGCCAUUGGAAGACAUUCCAGUCGUACGUUUUCCCCCCUAAAGUCCCAAAACAGCGUAGAACAUAUCAGCAGUUAAACAAGAAGUACACAAGACAGAACGGUCAAGAAAUCACAUGGAACAUUUUCUUUACAAUCUGUCACAGCUGUAACAGUAGGGAUCUCCAAGUGGACGUGUGUAACGGCAAUAUUUUGCUGAUGCUAUUAAUCUUGCCAGUAGCAUCUCACUUGUGGCAACAUCAUAGAUCUGUGGACCCUGGGUGCAGCCUGACACGCUCAUUUUCCCACUUAAAACCGGGUGCCUUUCCUGUGGGAACUGUGGUAUCUGGCUUGUCUAUUUUGGGCCAGUCACACUUUCAUCCUACCCCCCGGUUCAAUGCGAUUUUGAGCUCCAGUAGAAUGUACAGUGGUCGGGCAGGAGACGGGGCUUGUUCCAUGAGCCUCUCCAGUGCUCCAAACACUGCAGGCGUGUGGCCACUGAACUCAUGUUUGGAGUUGUUUUUGGCCAGAAUUCAGGCAUCCCGCUCUCUGUGAUAUUCUCCUACAAAAAGACGCUAUUAUGGUCCUCAGGUUCCUAUUGACUCUUUCAAUAAGGUUUCGUCUGCGGAUGGUAGCUGGUGGUCAGCUUUUGUACCACUCCUCACUUCGCAGAGGUCUGAGUGGAAUGUGCUCAGGAACAUUGCGACCUCCCAUCUUGUCAAGAACUGAGCCUAUAAUUUUUUGACAUGUGCUGUCACUGAGGGGAAAAGUUUGUGUGAAGUAGAAAACGUUUUGUGAAGUAGAAAGAUUUCCUCUGUUCUUUCAGUUGGAAAAUAGUCCCAUAAAAUACAUUUUUUUAUUAUGUGUUCAGUCCUACCUCCUAUACUUCUGUGGAUUGCAGAAAACUCCACAGCUAUCCAGCUCCUGACAGGGCCUGCGAGGACUGUGGACAAUAUUCCAAUCGGCUCUACAUCCCAAACAGCCUCCGUGCCUCAGCUGACCAACUCCCCCACAUUGAUUGUGAUGGUUGGACUGCCUGCCAGGGGGAAAACGUACAUAUCCAAAAAGCUCACCCGCUACCUCAACUGGAUAGGGUUUCCAACCAAAGUGUUCAACUUAGGCCAGUAUCGCAGGGACGCAGUCCAGACCUAUAAAAACUUUGAAUUCUUCAGGCAGGACAACAAGGAAGCCAUGCAGAUUCGCAAGGCCUGCGCAUCAAAUGCCCUUAAAGAUAUAUGCAUCUACUUUUCAAAGGAAAAUGGACAAGUAGCCGUGUUUGAUGCCACCAACACCACACGGGAGAGGAGGGUAUCCAUUGUGAGCUUUGCCAAGGAAAAAGGCUACAAGGUGUUUUUCGUUGAGUCCAUUUGCGACGAUCCAGACAUCAUCGCGCAGAAUAUCACAGAGGUCAAGGUGAGCAGCCCCGACUACGUAAACUGUGACAAGGAGGAGGCGCUGGCUGACUUCCUUAAACGCAUUGAGUGCUACAAGCAAACGUAUGUGCCUUUGGAUGAUGAAAAAGACAGGAACCUGUCUUACAUAAAGAUCUUCGACGUGGGCUCUAGGUAUCUGGUGAACCGCGUACAAGACCACAUCCAGAGCCGGAUCGUCUACUACCUCAUGAACAUCCACGUCACGCCGCGCUCCAUCUACCUGACGCGGCAUGGCGAGAGCGAGCUGAACCUGCUGGGUCGCAUCGGAGGAGACUCGGGACUCUCGCCCCGUGGUCACAAGUAUGCUGCUUCCCUGGGGAGCUUCCUCAAGGGUCAGAACAUAAAGGAUCUGAAGGUCUGGACUAGUCAUAUGAAGAGGACCAUCCAGACAGCAGAGCAUCUGGGGGUCCCCUAUGAACAGUGGAAGGCCCUCAAUGAGAUUGAUGCAGGUGUGUGUGAGGAGUUGACAUAUGAGGAGAUCCAGGAGAAACACCCUGAGGAGUUUGCCCUUAGGGACCAAGACAAGUACCGCUACCGUUACCCCAAGGGUGAGUCAUAUGAAGACCUGGUCCACCGGCUGGAGCCUGUGAUCAUGGAGCUGGAGAGGCAGGAGAAUGUGUUGGUCGUGUGUCACCAAGCCGUCAUGCGCUGCCUGCUGGCGUACUUACUAGACAAAACCUCAGAUGAGUUGCCGUACCUAAAAUGUCCUCUUCACACGGUGCUCAGACUUACGCCCGUGGCCUACGGGUGCAAAAUGGAGAACAUUUUCCUGAACGUUGAGGCGGUCAACACACACAGAGAGAGACCUGUGAAUGUGGACGUAACUAGAGAUCCAGCAGAGGCCCUGAAGACUAUUCCUGACCAUUUUUGAAUACUUGAAACUGCAUACUUAUUAAACUUAAAGCGGUAAGUGGAAAGCAGAAUAAAGUGAGAGAAGACUGGCGGAAUG